AUGUUCUUCAUUGUUUAUUCUUUUCUUCUUCUUCUUUCGUCAUAUCUUCUUUUCUUCUUCUUUCUUCAUCUUCAUUUCUUUUUUCUUCUUUUCGUCUCUUUUCUUUUCUUCUGCUUCUUUGUCUUCUUCUUCUUCUUCUUCUUCUUCAAUAGUUUGUCUUUUCUCCCUUAUUGUCCUCGUCUUCUUCCUUUCCUUCUUUGUUUUUCCUUCAUUUCUUCUUCUUUCCUUCCUCUUUUCUUCUUCUUCUUCUUCUUCUUCAAAUAUAUUUCUUUCCUUCCUCAUUCCUUUACAAACUAUUUCCUUUCAUAUAUUCUUCUUCAAGACAGUUUUUCUUCAUUCCUAUACCUCUUUUUUCAUCUUCAUUUCUUUUUUUCUUCUUUUCGUCUCUUUUCUUUUCUUCUUCUUCUUCUUCUACAAUACUUUGUCUUUUCUCCCUUAUUGUCCUCGUCUUCUUCUUUUCCUUCUUUGUUUUUCCUUCAUUUCUUCUUCUUUUCUUCCUCUUUUAAUCUUCUUCUUCAAAUCUAUUUCUUUCCUUCCUCAUUCCUUUACAAACUAUUUCCCUUUAUAUAUUCUUCUCCAAGACAAUUUUUCUUCCUCAUUCCUAUACCUCUUUUUUCUUCAUCUCUUCUUUACUAUUCAUUUUCUUCCCCGUUGACUUACAGACUCUUCUUCUUCUUCUUCUGUAAUAAGACUAUUUAUUUCCCCUCCUCAUUCUUUUAA